UCAUUUAUUUUUCCCGGUGUAUGGUUGUAGUUCCAUUUAUAUUCAAAGCUAGACCUACCCAUAUCAUCUUUUAUGAGCUUCUCCAUUUUUCAUCAGCCGGAAAUGAAGAAUUCUCAGAGAACUGGAGUAAGGCAGUACAACAAAUCGGAGUUCCCGCGUUUGCGGUGGACGCCUGAGCUCCACGAUCACUUUGUUGAAGUUGUUGAACGUCUCGGUGGGAAAUACAGAGCGACGCCCAAGAGGAUUCUGCAGAUGAUGAGUGUGAAGGGACUGAAGAUAUCUCAUGUCAAAAGCCAUCUUCAGAAGCUUAAGGUCAUUUCAUAUGCUCAUGAUGGAUGCAUACUGUACUCUAUACAGUACUCACUAGACAGCAAGGAUAUCAUACGGGAGGAGUUAGGGUUUCUAUUUCUUUUACAACUUUGA